UUUAUUUCUUUGUUGAAUUCCCCAAAGGACACCUCCAGAGCGACCACAUACUGUACAUCACUGCGACAACAGAUUGAAGAUGUCUCUGGGAGUCAUCGUCCUCUGUGUCCUGACACUCGUAGCACUGAGCGAUGAGGCUGUGUAUAAAAGGCUGAGUUCAGUUGAUGAUUUGAAAAGGGUUUAUUCAGAGAAAUAUCUGCCGAUGCACAACCUCAUCCUGCUCCACUGGUUUGCCAACACAGUUGACAUCGAUAAUAACAAUGUUGUACGUCUGACUUAUGACGCAAGUAGAGACUUUGGUUCCCACUACUAUGGAAACUAUGAUGGUUUGUUGGCCCCAGUUCCUCAGGGAUACCAGUACUACAGAGUGGGCAAUCUGAAUCCACCCAAUGUUCUUUACCCUCGAAUUAGAGACCCUGUGUGGAUGGGUAAAGACAGAGAUCACAUCGUUGUUCAGGUACAAACUGGUGGAUCUCGCAGGGUUAGCCAAUUGUAUCUCACCCAACACUUCAGGCGACAGGGCAGGCAAGGCUCCAGGUAUGACCCAAACCACACCUUUGAACUAACCACUGACCUGCUCCAACAACUCAGACUAUUUUCAUUCACCAACAACCCACAAACACUGCAGCAGCUCAGGGAUCAGUUCAACCAGAACAUUGAUGACACCCAGUUAAAUGACCUCACAAACAUCUGGGGUGGAGACCAAGCUCGCCUUGGACUGCUGUUCCUGAUUGUAACUCCACAAAGAGCCAACAUGAUCAGAAGAUGCAAGCAAAAGAGUCCUCAGGUUACAGAUUCAGCAGUGGACAUAACAGAUGAUUGCAACAGGUGCAGCUUGACGUGAAAACUGGAGAAGAUGGAAAAGCCAAGAUUGUUUGGAGAAAUGUUCCUCAGAACCAGAUAAACGAUGGAGCAGUCAUGGUGCUUUUCAACAACCAGAUGGACCAGAAAAAUAAUAUCACAUAUAAUGUAAUCCAGAGCAGUGAGGGGACCUCAGCGCCCCUGAAUGAGGGGCUGCAGGUCCGGCUGCACAAAGCACAGGGUUAUUUGAUGAAGGAAGAAGUUUGCAGAAGCUUAAAAUUUGAAAGCGCAAAUACUGCUCCAAUCUGUGGCCAGUGUGCUGAACUGCAGCUUGCUGCAAAAAAUGGAACAUUCUGUUUUAUGCUCUACAUAGAGAAAAGAUUUGAACAGUGGAAAUCAUUUUUUUAUAGUUCCUGGGUAGCACUGUACAAGUCUCCUAAAGACACCCCAGAUCAGUAUCUGACCAAGCAGUGGCAAUGGGCGAGCGCAUUUGAACAAGGCCCAGACUGUGGUUAUUAUAACACCUAUUAUUUUUGCACAGGUACUGCAGUUACUUCAGGUUACCAAGCUCGAUUUACUAAUAGUCCUUACAAUGAAAUAGCACGCACUCCACCAUGGCCUUGACCAGAAGACAGAACCAAGCCUCCCAACCAUUAAAAAUGAUUUAUAAAAAUGUAUUUAUUUUGAUAGUUUCACUCCUGAUUAAAUCAUAUUCCGUAUUUCAGUGCAUGAGCUGGUGAUAAUGCCCUUGUGCUUGUGUGCUGAUCUUUGUUUCCUUUUUUAUCUCUUCUUUGUUUCAUUUGAUAGUUUUCAUUUGCAGACUCUAGACCAAAUCAUAUUUUUAACAGUCAUUAUAAUAAUAAUUAAUUAUCACAAUCUCUAUAAUAAUAAAUCAAAUAUUUUAGCUCAGUUCACAAUUUUAUUUUGAUAGAAUUACAGCCUAUUACAGACUAUAUAUUUUUUGUUGUCAUUUAAUUAUAUUCAAAACACAAUCUCACUCAUU